ACAGCCAUUCGUUUUGUUUCUCUCGAUUCGCGCCCCCCCCUCUCUCCCUCCCUCCCUCCCUCCCCCCCUUUCAUUCGGAUCCAAGAUGCCCGUCCAGAUCCCGGACGACACGGAUUUCAACUCGUUUAAAGAGCAGUGCGAGAGCCAGGAAGGGUGGCUGGUCAAGUACAGCAAGGGAGGAGUGACGGUGUGGUGCAGGGCGGAGGAGAGCAAAACUGUCCAGAAGCUGAAGAUGAGAAUCAUGUGUAAGGACGUGAUGGCAGAGACGCUGUACGACGUCCUCCACGACACAAACUACCGCAGGAAGUGGGACACCAACAUGAUUGACACGUUCGACAUCGGAAGGCUGACUGUCAAUGCAGACGUCGGCUACUACUCCUGGAAGUGCCCGAGUCCAUUGAAGAACAGAGACUUUGUGACCAUGAGGUCCUGGCUUCCCCUUGGCAAUGACUACCUGAUCAUCAACUACUCAGUCAAACACCCGCAAUACCCUCCCAAGAAGGACUGCGUGAGGGCGGUGUCCCUGCUGACCGGGUACCUCGUCCAGUCCAACGGAGCCACGUCCUCUACGCUCUACUACCUGACCCAAGUGGACCCCAGAGGCUCUCUACCCAAGUGGGUGGUGAACAGAGUCUCCCAGUUUGUGGCACCAAAGGCCAUGAAGAAGAUCUACAAGGCCUCCCAGAAGUAUCCGGAGUGGAAGAGGAAGCACAACCCCAACCUGAAGCCGUGGAUGUUUCCUGAACAGAACACACUGCCUUGCAUCAGCGCCGCCGACCUCACCCUGCAGCGAGCCGACUCCCUGGAGAACAUCGACGAGAGCAACCUGACCGAGGAGAAAAUGCAUCACAGCGACGACGAAGAGACUUAAACACACACAGACUGAAGAGCUGUGGGCUGUCUCUCUCUCUGUCUCUCUCCCUGUCUCUCUCUCUCUCUCUCUCUCCCUGUCUCUCUCCCUGUCUCUCUCUCUCUCUCUCUC